AUCAUUUAUCAUCAUCUUGUCUCCUGACAAACCAUUGUUAAAUAGCACUGUUUAAACGACUGAGCUUCCAUUCCCAUUCGUAUGUUCAUUUUGUUUAAGAACAAGUGUUGUGUGUAUGCAUGUUAUAGAAGCUGCGCUAUCGAACGCGUUCUCCCUGCAAAAUCACAUCUCUUGAGGAUAUAUUGGCAUUUGUUUUCGGAAGAAUCGUGACUAUGGGGUUUCUGCAGCUUUUCUAUGUUGCCUCUGUCCCUGUGAUCAAAGUAUUACUGAUUUCGGUUCUAGGCUUAUUACUCGCACUGGAUCGGUUAGACAUAUUGGGAGAAACUGCACGGAAGCAUGUGAAUCAUAUGGUGUUUUAUGUGUUCAAUCCUGCAAUGGUGAGCGACAAUUUGGCAAAAACUAUUACCUGGGAGAGUUUUGCGUCGUUGUGGUUCAUGCCAGUCAAUGUUCUGGCCACAUUUUUAAUAGGCUCAGCCUUAGGUUGGGUGCUCAUUAAACUCACAAGGCCUCCUAAACACUCGGAAGGCCUGAUCAUGGGUUGCUGUGCAGCAGGAAAUUUAGGAAACUUGCCCAUCGUCAUUAUCCCAGCCAUUUGCAAAGAGAAAGGCAGUCCCUUUGGUGAUCCAGAUGUCUGCCACAAGUAUGGGAUGGCUUAUGCUUCACUUUCUAUGGCGCUUGGAUCUGUUUUUCUGUGGUCAUAUGUGUACAACAUUAUGAGGAAUUCCGCAAGUAAAUUCCACAGAGAAGGUAAUGCAGAUGAUGAUAUCAGCAAAUUGAAAGCUUCAGGAGAAAAUCCAGAAUCACUGCCAAAUGAAUGCUCAGAAACGCUUGAUCCUUCAAAAGAUGCUAUGGAUGAUGCAUAUACUCUACUGCUUCCUGAUGCGGAAUCUGUAGAAAAUAAGAAGAUACCAAUCUCAGAAAAAAUUAAGUCUCACUUAACCAAGAUUUCAAGAAGCGUCAAUUGGAAGGCCAUGUUUGCACCAUCAACCAUUGCAGCGAUUGCUGGAUUUGUCAUCGGUUUAAUUCCCCAGAUUCGUAAUAUCUUGGUUGGAAGUGAUGCUCCACUUCGCGUGGUUGAAAACUCGGCUUCAAUGCUGGGGGAUGCAGCCAUCCCAACCGUCACCAUUAUUCUGGGGGCAAACCUUUACAGAGGCCUAAAAGGAACAUCUAUUAUGUGGUCAACAACCGUGGGAAUUAUAGCAGUUCGAUAUAUUUUCCUGCCGAUAAUGGGGGCUCUGGUAGUUAAAGGGGCAAUAAAAAUUGGAUUGGUGAAUUCAGAUCCUCUAUAUCAGUUUGUGCUUCUGCUGCAGUAUGCACUUCCACCUGCCAUGAAUAUAGGUACGAUGUCCCAGUUGUUCGGAGGGACUGAGAGUGAGUGUUCGGUUAUAAUGCUAUGGACAUAUGCGUUGGCCUCAGUUGCUGUUACCCUUUGGUCAACCUACUUCAUGUGGUUUGUGUCCUCCUGAUUCCCCCCCCCCCCCAAAUAUGUAAAUGUUAUGAUUAUCCUUCCAUUUUCCUUUCUUUUCUUUUCUUUUCUUAAUUAUGCAUUCGUAUUUAUUCAAAUCGCAUAUAGGACAAUUGAUUGCAAUCUAUUAUUUCAAUGGGAGCCUUCUGGUCCAAUGAUACAAGACAUCUCCUUUAAAUCUUUCCUAAAUAUAGAGUUAUGCAUUUCAA